CAGACAGAUGUUCAAGCAGAUGGUGAAUAUUGUACUGUUGUAACCUUAGAUUAAAAAUCAAGAACCAGAUAGUGAUUUUUGACAGCAAAAAAUGAAUUCCAGCAGGCUUAUCGUAUUUCGACUCAAUCCACUCUAUCAACAAUCAUACAGGAUUUUAGCAAGACGAUUAACCACUCGGAAUCUUGAAUCACUCAAAAUUGAAAAUCAGAGCUAUUUUCCCAGGAAAAAUUGCUAUCGACUCUUAUCUGUUUACACUCCCCUAUUUUCACAAAAUGAGCAAACAAACUCGAUGCCUAUAAGUGAAAGAAUUGAAAAAAUGGUCAAAAAUAAAAAAAUCGUGAUUUUUAUGAAAGGAGUUCCUGAUCAACCUAUGUGUGGAUUUAGUAACGCAGUUGUACAAGUGUUGCGAAUGCAUGGAGUUGAAGAUUAUGACUCACAUAAUGUCUUGGAGGAUGAAGAAUUGCGUCAAGGCAUCAAAGAAUUUUCUGAUUGGCCAACAAUUCCGCAAGUCUAUUUUGAAGGAGAUUUCAUUGGUGGUUGUGAUAUUUUGCUUCAAAUGCAUCAAAGUGGAGAUUUAGUAGAUGAACUUGAGAAGCUGGGAAUAAAGUCUGCUCUUGUGAAAUGACAAACUUAUAAUCGCUUAUUCGUCAUGAGUCACUAAUGCGCCUUUGUUGAGAAAUAAGGUUUACACAAGACUUGUAAAAUAUUCCGCGAUGACAUAAAAGCCCAAUAUUCGUUUAGGUUUAGUGACAUACUUCAUAGUGAUGUAUUUUUACAAGAUGCAAAAUGUUGCAUGGAUAGACUGUAUACGAUGACCCCUGGUAACAGUCAUUGUAUAAUAACUUCAAAUUACUGCCUAACAUGUUGCAUUGUUAUUCAUUAAUUUGCAUGCCCCCAGGUUCACAUAAUAUGUAAUUUGUUUGUGUGAAGGGUUUUUUAAUAUGUCAUAUAUAUCUGAAUUACUAUUUAUCAGUGAACUUUUGCAACAAAAUAAUUUGUUUCAGAUAGAGACAUUCUGGACUUGAAAUAAUAUGUCUUGUUAAUAAAACCUAUUCCCACCACUGUUAAGUCGACCUAAUUACAAUAGUCUUGUACAUUUUUUUUUGGCUGUUGUAUCCGGCCUACUCAAUUAAAUUCAUUUUGGGCACAUUUCUUCGUUCAGAAUUUCUAAAUAUCAAAUUGGUUUUAAAACUGAUAUUGUAACAAUAAAAUGCUGUCGAAUUGGGAAAGAGGGCACUUCUCAUUUUACCUAUCUUGCUCAGUCGUAUGUACCGGUAAAUGAAAUAUUUGCUAUUAUGUUUGUACAGAACAUCUCACGAAAAUUGAUCGGGCUGAAAAUGGUUGAAUCCAUACGGCAGUAUGUGAAAUAUCGUAAUUGUAUAUUUAUGAAAAAUGUUUGUGACUUUGCCUUUCAUAAAUCUAAUUGUGAAAAUGUCAGCUGUCAAUUUGUGUUCUGUUCGACUACUUAUUGUUCUAUGCUUCUUCUUUAAUGGAGAUCUGUGUGCGUAUGAUGUACAGAUGUUUUGGCAAGAGUACAGAUCAUUUUUCUGAAUAAGUGUAUAGUUUUUUGCGUAUUAACUCGAUUGUAUUUGUUUAAAAAAUAUCACGGAAAAAAAUUUUACGUUUUUGUACAAUGGCGCUCAAGUAAAAAUAUAUUACUCAUAACAACAACAUUA